UGAAGAAGAGUGAAGAAGAAAGAACAGGUUCUUAGCAGUUGCCAAAUUGCCAUUGCAGAGAGAGAGAGAGAUGGGUAAGAGGUGUGAUGGUGUUGUGGUGAGGGUGGGUUUGGGGAUGGUAGCGGUGUGCAUUGCAGGAUACAUAUUGGGACCCCCUCUCUAUUGGCACCUCCUUGAAGUCAUCAAACAUUCUUCUUCUGUAUGCGCUCCUUGCAUCUGUGAUUGUUCUUCCCACCCCAUCAUUUCUAUUCCCCAAGGGUUUAGCAACUCUUCAUUUGGAGAUUGUGCAAAGCACAACCCAGAGGUGGAUGUAGACACUGAAAAAGAUGUUGCGGAGUUAUUGUCAGAAGAACUAAAUCUACGGGAAACGGAAGCAUUGAAAUACCAGCAACGCACCAACAUGGCUCUGCUAGAGUCUAAGAAGAUUGCAUCUCAGUAUCAAAAAGAAGCAGACAAGUGCAAUUCAGGAAUGGAGACGUGCGAGGAAGCCAGGGAUAAGGCUGAGAUGGCAUUGGUGGCUCAGAAGAAGCUGACUGCAUUGUGGGAACUAAGAGCUCGUCAGAAAGGAUGGAAAGAAGGGAUUGCCAAAUCUAAAACUCAGUCUAAAGGGAAAGUACAAACAUCUUAGACAUGCUAUGGCCUCCAUUUGGUUGUUGUUGCAUACUUGUUUCAGGAAAGUGAUAUUUAGUAUAUGUAGUAGCAAAUCACCAUAGGUUCCCAUAUAGUUAAAAUAAGGUAUUCAUGAAAAGUCAAAAUUGUAGAAAGCCAAUACAAAUGCCAUUGUAUUUCUACCCUCCCUUUUUUAUAUUUAACUAUUUAUACCAUAU